UCCCACCAGAUGGAAGAAGCUCUGCAUUCCAACUCUACCUGCCUGCGCCCAACCUUCUUCCUACUGACUGGUAUUCCAGGGCUAGGGGGUGCCCAGGCCUGGCUGCUCUUAGUAUUUGGGCCCAUGUAUCUUCUGGCUCUGCUGGGCAAUGGAACGUUGUUGGCAGUGGUGCGGACAGAUACCACCCUGCACCAGCCCAUGUUCCUGCUCCUGGCUACAUUGGCAUCUACAGACCUGGGCUUAGCCACAUCUAUAGCCCCAGGGCUACUGGCUGUGCUGUGCCUGGGGCCUCAGCCUGUACCAUAUGCUGCAUGCCUGGUCCAGAUGUUCUUUGUCCAUGCAAUGACUGCCAUGGAAUCCGGGGUGCUGUUGGCUAUGGCCUGUGAUCGCGCUGUGGCAGUAGGGCGUCCACUGCACUAUCCUGUCCUAGUCACCAAAGUUCGUGUCGGCUAUGUCAUCUUGGCCCUGGUCGUGAAAGCUGUGGCUAUCGUUGUACCUUUUCCUCUGCUGGUAGCACGAUUUGGGCACUUCCGAGCCAAGAGUAUAGGCCAUUCCUACUGUGAACACAUGGCGGUGGUGGAACUGGUGGUGGGUAACACACGGGUUAACAACUUGUAUGGACUGGCACUUUCACUGGCUGUAUCAGGGUUGGAUAUCCUGGGCAUCGCCGGCUCCUAUGGGCUCAUUGCCCAUGCUGUAUUACGGCUGCCUACCCGGGAGGCUCGUGCCAAGGCCUUGGGUACAUGUAGUUCCCACAUCUGUGUCAUUCUGGCAUUCUAUGUGCCUGGUCUCUUCUCCUACCUGACGCACCGCUUUGGUCGUCACACUGUCCCAAAGCCUGUGCACAUCCUUCUUUCCAACAUCUACUUGCUGCUGCCACCUGCCCUCAAUCCCCUCAUCUAUGGGGUCCGCACCAAGCAGAUCCGGGACCGGCUCUUAGAAUUCUUGACCUCCAAAAAAAGUCAGUUCUAA